AUGUCCAAGGACGGGCCUCGUUACAGCGGUAGCCUCGUGGCCCUCGAGGGUUUGUCUGAGACUGCCCUCGAAACCCAGUUGCGCCUGUUGCCCGCAUCGUCGCAAAUCCUCGUCUUGCCAAGCAUUCGCAACUAUCUCGGCACGGACGAUGCGCUCGUGACCCCACCGUCCAAAUCGCCAACAACAACAUCGACCCCUUUUGAUCCUCGCCGCUACAUCAAAAGCAUCCACAAUGCCGCCGUUGCACGGCGAACCAUUGCCCUACAGUUUCUCCAGGACAACGAAACACGCACCACCCGCUCAACGACGUCCAAGACACCGCCAAAGAAACUUGUUUUUCUCAAUGGCGGUACGGCCACAAGCCACGCGCUGUGCAUCGAGGCCAUUCGACAGCACGACGCGGCCGCCGGCGGCAACCUGGAACAAGCCGCGCUCCUAUUUGAUCAGCUUACGGCUGAUGGCGUCGCGGGGCUGGAUAGGACGUCGGCAGCCCCGGUGGCAGCCGAGACAAACCGGCUCGACGAUAUUGCCAUUGGCGACGACGAUGAGUAUGUGGAACAAGAUGACGACGACGAAGAGGGUGAUCCUGCCACAAAGGCUAUGCGCGCCGCCGAUGCUCUGGACCGCAGGACGGAGGGUCUGCAGCCCAGCACACACAUCCUCGACUUGACUGUCACCAAGAAGCCACGGCCACGAAGUUUGAGUCUGCCCAUCCACGGUGAUUUGCUGGAGUUAUGGGAUGCCGGACGCCGCCCGAGUCUUGCUCCAACCGCAAACACAAAUAACACAAAUACGACAAACACGACAAAUACGACCCACAACGACAAUGUAGACAAUGACGACACAAGCACCAUCAACAACCGCAGCUUCUACUGGGUCCCGCCCAGUAUGGCGGCUGGUGCCGCGGGCAGCGAGAUCUACGACGCCAACAAUUUUAGCUUCAUCACGUCGGCAUCCCCCACCCGCGGCAGUUCGCCCACUUCCACCAUCUUCCCCGUCUCGAUGCGGCUCGACGCCAUUGCCUCGCAACAACAAAAGAAGCAACCGAGGAAAACCCCGUCACCUUCGCCGGCCCGCCAGUAUGUCUCGUAUCGCUCGGCCACCAAGGGUGACUCAGCGCGUACCGUUGUGCUUGACCCUGCACCACGUGGAAGGACGGCUCGCCGGCGAGCCUCUCGGGUGGUUGCUCUUCGUAACAACGGCGACAACGAGGACAAUCAUGACGACGACGAUAUGCUCUUCUACACAUACCACCAGCAGCCGCCCCGGCGACGCGCUCGUUCACUCGAACGAAAGCCGUCCAUUGGUGCCGGUAGCUUUAGUGGCAUCAGCAGCAUCAGUGGAAUCAGUGGCAUCAGUGGCUUCAGCCGGUUUAGCGGACUCAGCGGCAGCAGCAACGGCAAUGGCAAUGGCAAUGGCCUCGGCAUGAACAUGAACUUCUUCCUGAGCACCAGUAGCCGCGAGCCGUCAUCGACACGGCCCCGGCGCACGUCCAACGUCAGCGAUGACGCCACGUCUAUGGCCACAUCGGCCAUUGGCACCAAACCGUCCAUCUCGUCGUCUUCCUCGUCCAAGUUCAUGCUGGCAGGGACGAGCAUCCCCGACGUGCCGCUGUUGCCAGGAGCCGAUGUACUAGAACAGAUGGCUCUACUCAGGAAGACGAAAACAAAAUCAAAACAAGCCCAAACAGCAGCAACCUCAAAUGCGGAAAAGAAGCCGCAGCUUCGCCUAAAAAUGACCGCCUCCAUCCCUAACGUAUCCUCACCACUGACAUCUCGUUAUGUUGACCGUGGCACGGAUGCCAGCCAGGCGGGUGCCAACGGUGCCCGUACACAAACUGUCUUUGAGCUAGUCCUUCCCUUAGUCGAAGACUUAAUCGUCCAAUUUGAUGACGACGGGAUUAACGCGAGCAACUCGGCAUUGGAACUGGCGAUCCAACGCUGUCGCGAGCUUGACCGGGCGCAGAUUAUCCACCAACGAGACUCGUCUGUUCACGAGACGGUGAUCUCAAAGCACAUAUUAUCCAACGGCGAACACCAUUCAUUUGACCAAAAGACUAUGUCGUCGACCUUGCCCGAAACACCAAAGUCUUCGUCACACGGUCAAUCUUCAUCCUCCUCCUCCACUGCAUCUGCCUCCCUUCUUCUAGGCACCACGACCAUACCUGCAACCCAGGCCACAGGUACCUUCAGCACAGACGAUUAUGAUCCGUUUGCGCCACAUGAGUACAAUGCUGGCCGCAAGGUGCAGCUGCCCAUCGCUGUGCCUAUCGCUAUGCAACCACAGGCUGCGCCAUCCAUCAAGACGCCGCAGCCCCUAACUCCCGCUCACACACCGCCGCCACAACAGAGACUAGACGGGGACAUUGACUCGGACCUCCAAGACGGUUCUCGUUUCCAUGUUCUUGAUACGGCAAAAUACCAAACAGCCCUGGCCCUGCAAAAUGCACUACGUUCUAUACUAGGUUUCCACUUUCCGGAAGACCGUGAGAGCGAAGAGACAAAUGCCAGCCUCGACUCGCUGACCUCAGAUAGCCUUACCAGCUUUUCCUUUUCCGUUGUGCCAGGAAUGGAGGGCAGCAGCAUGUGGGCGCCGUUGCUGUCUGGAAACCAGACCGAACAGAAAGUGGAUGCCGAGAUGGAAGCAGAGACACUCAUUACGGAUAUGGUGCUCGCCUUCGGCAGUCAGCGUGAUGUGCCAUCUUCACUCCGGGCAAAGAUUAUGGGCCAGUUGGAUGCCCUCACUAGCCAACCAGCCACCGGCAUUAGCCGUGGUGGUCGUCUUGAUAUCCGUUAUCUGAUUACCAACGCCAUGCAGUCGCUGGCUGCACAACAGGCCCGCAGCCAUGGUAAGAGCACCGGAACAGUUGUGCUGGCGCCACUUAUCAUUGCCCAGCUUGACCAAUACCUGCGCACCUAUCCCUCCUCGUCGUUGCCCGCAUCGCCCUCCCCUCUGAAUCUUGGCGUGACUCAAAAACAGCCGUCGUUCAAGCGGGCCAACUUUGUGUUGACAUCAGCUGCCAAUGAAACGGAUAUCGAUGCAUUUGUAGCCUCAAUCCGAAAACUUUUACUGUCGAGCGAAGCUUCGACGGCAACAAGGACGGCGACUUCACCAGCAGAGGUCAUGGUCCAGAAUGGCAUGAUCCCACUCACGUUAGUGACCCAACAACAUGGAGAUGCCGGCCGCUACUCAGCUCUAUCAACGGCCACCACGGCCGCAGGAGGUACCGGAAUGGGCAUUGGUAGCAGUGGCAGCAGCAGGAACAGCAAGAUCCGCACACCACCGCGUACAGACAACUUGAUGCAAUCCCCCACGUUGCCAAGUCCACUCGUUGGAAACACUCCUAGUCCGAGGCGGAAAGGGUCUUCUUCGGAGAAGGACAGAAAGCGAACACCAGCAGAUAGCAACAGUGGCAAUGGGGCCCGGCCGCCCCCUCUUCCUCUCCCCAUCAACUCCAAAAAGGCCGUGUCGGCCAAGAUGUCCACCGCUUCCAUUUCUGCCGUUCGGCCCCCAAAGUCGCCCACUCUAUCAACGGUAUCGCAGCACUCACUGCAGUCGCAGCCAUCAUCGCUACAGUCGUUCCAGUCUUCCGACUCCUGGCGCGCGACAACCAACGAGCAUAGUUAUAUUGCACAAUCCACGGGUUUGGCACCAGCACCCACGGUCCUGCCCAACAGCCGCCUCGUUGCUAAGACUAUACAGGUCAGUGGGUCGACAGCGAUGCGGCGGGCCAAGGAGCAGACAGCUAGGGUUGCUGCCAACCCUAGCGGUAUCUUCGAGCCUGUUAUCGUCAACAACUUGAUGGCCACUUCGACACUGCCGACGUCCUCUGCACGGAGCGACAACGACAAUCUUAGCAACUGGGAUACCGGCUUGGACGUGUCAGAGGACGGCAACUAUACUUACAAUGAACCGCCGUUUGCCACUAGCAAUGGCAAUGCCAAAGGCAGCUCAAAGGUUAUUGUCACCAACGGUAAUACCGCUGUCAACAGUGCUAGUGGCGCCAGCACGAGUGUUGCAUAUGGUGGCUACAACGACGACGAAUACGAUUCUGGUGAUGACGACGAUGAUUUUGAAAACGACCCUGAUAUGCGCCGUCUCAUGCCACUAUUCAUGCGUGACCGCGCUGCUCUGCUAGCCGCCAAAGAGGCGGCUGGCAGUCGCGGUGUACGGCCGCCGCCGAUGCGCAGCAAAUCGAGCCAGUUGACGGGCGUCAGUACACGGAUUGUUUCGGCUUCUGCAACCAUGCCACCGACACAGGGUCCACCGCAAGUCGUGAGUAUGACUGGCGAUGGCCUCCGCGGCAAAGCCAGCGUCGGCAGCAUCCACAGCCAGCUCAGCCAUGCCAGCACCCUUGCCAACAAAAACAGCAACGAGGGUAAGAAGGCCCUUAAAUGGCUAGGCUUGGCCUAA